GGCUGAUUACCUUCACCUGGACUUGAUUUGACAUUUGGAGGAUUUCAGAGUGUUUCACAAAAAGCAAAGACUAGAGAAAUGUACCAACAUGAUGAUGAUAGGCUAGUAAGGACCCCUCAGAUUCAUCCUGGGACUCCAUGUGGGGCCUGAACCCAAAGUUGGAAACCACUGCACUAAACCCUCAAACUGGGAAAUAAAAGGUUUAAGGGUUUUUUUUAAUUCAAGGGGACAGGAGCUUGUUUUGGUCAUUAUUUUUCUUCCCAAUGCAUGAAAGAAUAAGUCAAAAUUAAAAGUCAUUUUAUGUCUUUUUGUCUUGUUAUUCAAUAUACGGAUGACAAUAAGCUCAAUAAGCUAUUUUUAUUAUUAGUGUUAUACAUAGCUCCUAUAAUGUUUUUCACUAAGGGAAUAGAAGGCAGGAGCAGGCUGCUGCUUGACUCCUGGGAGGCUUUAAAAGCUAGAACACCUGGUGCAGGUUCAGCCCUGUGGGUCAAAGUAAGGGGCCGUGUGAGGGCCGCAGGCUGGUGAACACGUGGCCGCAGGAAGGGCUGCAGGCCUGGACUUUGAUUAUGCAACAGAGCAGCCGUGUGUACGUGCAGCUGCGGCACGCUCCCCGGGCCCCCGGUAACACCGCGACGCUCCCCGGGCCCCCGGUAACACCGCGACGCUCCCCGGGCCCCCGGUAACACCGCGACGCUCCCUGGCCGCGGCUUCCUAAAGGAAGGCGUUUGGCGACGGUCCCUUGACUUUCUGAUGAAAUCUCAAACGGAAGCGCAGAGACGGAAGCGACGCGGCGGUUAAACUUCUACUUUACAGGCUAACAGAAGCAGUAUUAACACUGGAAGGAGAUUAAAACUUGACCCGGACAACGGAGCCGACAGAGUGUGUUGUUUUUUUGUGGAUAUAAUCUCUUGAAUCUCUCGUCGCUCCGUGGUUUAAAAGAACCGCUAAGCUAGCUGCCCCUGCUAAGCUAACCCGCUAGCAUCACCGGCUGCCGUUGAAAGCCCGAGGAGACCUCCAGCCGCCGCCUUUCCCCGGACAUUAAAAGCAGACAAAAUGGCUCUCCUUUCAUCUUCAGACCUGGAUUUCUCCUCGUUCCGCGAUUCAAGUGUGUUUUGCCUUUCUCUGUACUCCAGCAGCGUCUUUACGAAACUCUCCACAAGAAAGAAGUCCAACCACCACUCUCAGCAAAGCGUGUCCGCCGCGCAGCGCGCCCACGUCAGGGACGGCGUUUCCUGGGUCCCGUCCGGCUGUGAGGGUCGGUGCCGGUCAGAGUAAAGACGAUGCUUCACUGAAACACUUUGCUUGUAUACAUGGAAAACGCCAUUAGCUGCUCGUGUUGACCUGGCUGGAGCCGCUGCAGCCCCCUACAGUUUGACAGCUGUCAAAUUAGCAGCUAAACUAUAAAGCAGCUGCCACUAACUUACCGAGUUGUCUCUGUCGCUCAGGUUAUGUCAGAUAAUUUCGAUUUUGCACUUUUGAGUUGAAGAAAAUGUUCAGAAGUAUGAGCGGCCAGGGACACUUAUCCGGCGGGCAGAGCUCGUCCACUCCGCCCCGGCAAGGAGUCGCCUCUCCCGGGCUGGACAGUCAGGAAAGCUCGUGGAUCGGCUUGCUGUCCGUGGUGUCCAGGCCUGCGCUGUCAUUUCUGCAAAAAUAUCUCCCGGGGCGGCCCCGAGCCCCGGCCCUGUCUGAUACCGGAGGCGGGUGGAUCAGUGGGGAUUUAAAAAACAGCUUUGUUGAUGAAGAAAGUGAGUUUUUAAGACAGCUGGACGACAUGAUGCCGCUAACGCAGCACCCGGCUCCUCACCUGACCUACCUGCGGUGUCAGCAGGACGCGGCCGCCGGCCUGCAGGAGCCGAGUGGCGGCAGCGCUUUAGCCUGGCUGACCGCUGAUUCUCUACGGGAAAUCGGGAUUCAAAGCGCAGAAGAAAUGGACUCAAGUCUCUGCCAGCAAUCUCAGAUUGGAUAUUUCUCUUCUGUCAGGACUUUCCUCAGCCAUGUUGGGGUGAGCUCGGUGUCAUCUCAGGAAAUGAAACCCGCCGGAGGGAAGGACUGGGUGAUGGAGGCGGUGGGUGCCUCAGUGAAGAGCAGCGGGGGCAAGAGCAGGACGUGGUGGGGCAGCUUCUGGGGCGGCGAGGAGAGCCCGCAGAAAGGGCUGUUGUCAGAUGUGUCCUGGGCUGAGGAGGGGACGGAGACAGGCCGGCUUUGUCCCCAACACCCGGUGGCUGGGACAAAAGCCCCCGCUGCCCAAACAACCGCCGUGUUUGUGCAGAGCGGCGGUAGGAGAUGGACGCUGGGAGAAAACACUGGACCGACUGACAACAAAGAGGAGCUGGCCAACAAUGGAGGCCUUCAAACAGUCCAGAACAUAGCGGGGUCCACGCCAGACUACCGGCUCACCAUCAGUAACCACCUGAGCAGUUCAGGAGCUGCCGCCGCCUGCAGCGAGGUGGCACUUCUGACCCCUGAUCAGGACAAUGGUUACUCCAGUCUGGAGGAGGAACACUUCCAGAUGUGCCACCUGUACAUGGCGAAAGCCCCGCGUGAAGACCGGCCACCGCAGGAGACGGGAUCGACUGAACCUAGUGCCGCUGUCGGGACAGAAAUGCAGGAAGAGGCUUCUGAGGAGGGAGGGUCUACGUCAGGAAAGGUAGACGAGGAAGAGGGGGCACAGGAAGAUGAGGAAGAACAGGAAGCAGCCGCCCAGGAGGGUCAGUGUGCGGAGGCGACGGCGCUCACCACCCCUCAGUGCCAGAAUAAAACCAUCGCCUUCAUCAUGGGCUGCCCCUGCAGUGACGACGACAGCAGCCAAUCAGACGGGGAGUCCAGUGACGACGACGACGGCUUCGACAGCGAGGGCUCGUCGGAUCUGUCCGACUCCACUGACGAAGACGACGAUGAAGACUCGGACAGCGAGGGAGACUCUGAGGCGGAGCGGCUCUGGAGCUCGUUGUGCCAAAGCCUGGACCCGUACAACCCCCGAAACUUCACCGCCCGCCUGCACACCAUUAGCACGCCGCCCAGGACCAUCCCCAGCGCCACGCCGCCCUCCUCCACCCAGUCCACCCCUGCCUCCUCCCCUGACCUCACCCCGCUCCCCCUCCCGCCCCUCACCUCCUCCUCCCCUCCCUCCGGCCACGACGUCUGGGACGACUCGACCUCGGCCAGCGAGGCGGACGAAGCAGAGAGUCUCCGCCUGUGGAGCUCCUUCAGCUCCUCCUCGGACCCCUACAGCCCCUUUAACUUCCAGGCCCCGCUCAGGACUCGAGAGCCGGUCAAGGCAGGGCCCCGGGCCAGGGCCAAGAAGGCCUCCCAGACUCCCUCUCACUCCCCCCGCCGUAACCCAGCAUCUCCACCUGAGUACAGGAAGGAGGAGGCUGAGGAGAGGCUGGACAGCGGCUUCUCUGAACCCUCCACCUCCUCCGGCUGCUCCACCUCCUCCACCUCACAGAGCUGCAGCAGCUCCAAGAAGGUUCGUUUCUGCGACGAUGUGGAGGAGUUCUUCGCCAGCUGUGGCGAGGAGGAGGAGGACCGGCGGGGCCCCUGGGAGGAGCUGGCCCGGGACCGCUGCCGAUUCCUGCGGCGCUGCCAGGAGGUGGAGCAGAGCAUCGCCUACUGCCUGCAGCCGCAGCACCGCAGCCUGGUGUCCCGGCGCCUCGCCGCCGUCCUCUACCUCCAGGACGCCUGAGGACGACCUCGUCGUUAAACGCCUGUCACGCUGAGGAAAUGAAAAGCUGCACUUUCAGACACUACAGAGACACACAGCUGCUGGACUCUGUAGACUUGUUUCUGACGUGGAUCAGACCGAGUCCACGUGUGUUUGUGUUUCUGCAGCUGCGACUAAUCCGACAUGAUUCAGGGCCGCUUCAUGACUGACUCGCUGAGUAAAACUGUGCUGGUUUGAAGGGCUUAACUUGUGGCUUCACUGUGAGUCGCCAGCGUGUUCUGCCUGAACAGCGUCGGGACAAAAGCCAAGUCUUUUUUAUUUCUUUUUAUUUUAUUUUAUUACAUUUUGCAGUCUUUGUGCUGAUGAUUGCGUCCCAGACACAGAAACAAGCUGCUGUUUUCAUCAGAAAUGAAGCCAGGAAAGAUCGGCGGCGUCGGCUGAUGAUGAAAGGAGGAAGAAAGACAGAAAAUAUGUUUGUGUUCCACCAAAUUCAGUUUAUUUCAUCACGAUUUCUGGUAAAAUACAGGAUUAUUUCACCACUUCAGGCCUCUGAAAAUCAUUCAAAUGAAACAAUCGACUCAAAUCCACAUUCAAUAAUAAUUUUCAUUAUUGAUUAAUCUACCAAAGAAUAAGGUAAUUAAUCCAUUGACCAUUUAUUGUCAGAAAAUAGUGUAAAAUGUUGUUUAAGUGACUCAGAGCAAAUUAUUAAUAUAGUUGUUGAUUAAUUUUGUCGAUUAAUCGUUGCGGCUCCAGUUAGUUUACGAUCAUAGAAGAAAACAGCAAAUGUUCACAUUUGAGAAAACUGAUUAAUCGAUUAUCAAAACGAUUGCAGGCUCGAUCCACCGAUCGAAUCGAUCCGCCUGAAAAACAGUGAGGCUUUUUUUUAUUUUUGAUGGCAGCAGCUUCUUUGUGCAACUCGGAUGUAAAAUCAAAGCGCGCUCGUUGGAAUCAAACCAGUAAACCGAUGGGAUGAAACCACGAAGCGGCUUGAGGAGUCAGGUGUGAAAUCUGUUCAGUAUUUCUAUUUGCUGUUUGCAGCCGAAGCUUUUCGUUUGGUCCCGUUUUUCUUUAAAGCCAAAGAUCGCUGAGUGAGUGAGAGGAAGCUCAAAGUGUUGGAAUCUGAUUGAUUUGCAUGAAUUUAUCUCAUUAAUGUAGAAAAUGUUCCUCUAACUGCUCAGACUGUCUCACAUAAUCACCGAUAAUCAAUACACAGUAGAUCACUGAGAACUGGUGUCCGUCCCUUUUAAUGAAUCGUCUCUGACUGUUGAACUGAACGUCUCAGACUUCAGCCGGCAAACGUUGCUCUGCUUCUCCACGCAGCGCCGCCUGAACUCUGUCGCGACUUUGAGCAAAAUAAAAAGACCGACAAACGUUUUAGAACAAAAAGUUUGGUGAUUGAAGUUUGGAGCUGCGCCUGUCGGCAGACAUCUUGUUGCUCGCCAGGUUUCAGUUACUGCCGAUAUGUUGGAGUAUUACUGAGUAUUAUAUACGGCUCUGUCAUGUCACCGUUAUUUAUUCAUCGUUUAAACAUUCACCUUCUUAGUCGACUAAUAACUGUAGGAUGAGCCGGUUUAUUUGAACAUCAGCCUCAUUGUUCCUCCUCAGACGCGUCGAGCAGCAGGCGGUCUCGUGAUAUUUCUGGGUAUUUAAUUGGUUUAAUGGACUCGGGAGGAGGUGCUUCUGUUGAUCACAUAUUGAUUUGUUAUUAAGACCAUCGUGUGGAGAGAGGCUGUACGGAGCGACAGGGAAAUAGAGCUGCAGCUAACAAGUUUCAUUGUCCAACAAUCUGCCCGUUACUGACUUGAGUUUUGUCUAUAAAAUGGGGGAAAAAACGCUAUUAAAAUUGCACAGAGCCCAAAAGCCAAAGAGAUUCGGUUUACUGUGAUGAUAAAACAUCUGAGACGUAUGAGAAACCGAACUAAACUGGACCUUCGACUCUUCGUUGACGAUUGAUGCUGAGGUCACAGUGACGGUGUUCAGUUCAACAAACAGGAAGUUCAAGGCGUGUGAACUGUGAGGAGGGAUGGGACGAUACACGAUUUGAUCGCAGAUCGGGAUAAAAAAAAAAACACGAGAAGUUCAUCGUGAAAAUCCUCACGAGUGACUUGAAAAGCCCAAAACCAGUUAGACUUUAUUUUUGUUAAAGGGUAAAUCCUGUAUUUUAUAUACUGAUACCGUUUGACAUCCUGGAGCCGGAUUUAAAAAAUAGAGGAAUUAUCACGUAAGAAAGAACAGACUCACACAAUGUUCCUGUUUUUUUUAUUGAUUUAUUUAUCCUUUAUUGGUGCAGGGGGACCUUGUGAUUUAUGACGACCUUGUUUAAGAUUGAUUUCCACUAAAAGGGCGUGUGUCCUCUCUGUGAUGCCAUACAAAUAUUCCUUAACAAAAUGUAAAGUGAUUCCAGCAUGUUUUAGUGCCGUUCUAAGCGUAUUAUCGGGGUAAUAUCGUGAAUCUCCAGUAUUUUGGCCAGGAUAAUCGGGACAUGAAGUUGUCGUGUCGUGCCAUGCCGACUCCUGAGAGUGAAACGUUGGGUCUCCUACAGCAGCGACAGUCAUUAACAGACAGAAACACGUGGACUGAAGGAACUGGGUAUUUCAUGUUUGUCGCUGCACGGUGUUGAAUUAACCGGAGUCGUGUUUCUGUCAGAUGAUGUUUUUGUGACUAAAAAUUAUAAAUCAGACGCCACAUUUGAAUUAAAGCUCGUGCGCAGGAGGUGGACGUCCGGAGGAAACUACAGAUGAAUCUUUGCUGUUAUUUUAGUCCAAAAUGCUUUUUAUUUUUCUAAUGCAUCGAUUGUUUGGUCGGUUACUCGUUCUGCUUAAUCAUUUCCUCACAAGUAAAUAUGACAAUUGAAUAUUAAAUCAAUAUUUAAUGA